AUGGCUCGAUAUAUUGUAGCGACUGCCGCUAUUCCGUGAGUUUUUGUAUUCAGAAAUUAAUCAAAUAAAAUGUAUAAUUAUUUGCAGAGCACUUUAUGGAGCAUAUAAAUCAUAUUACUGGGGUUGUCCACCAGAUAUCAAAAUUAUUAGAAACGUCGAUGAAGCGGUGGAAUUUUUGAAUUCCAAUAAAUAUGUUAGCGAUGCUUUGAAAUUUGUAAAUAAUGUUGAGAAAAACAAUAAUAAUGAACAUAAUAAUAAUAACAACGAGGAGGAGAUUAUUAGGAAUUUGAAACCACAAGCGAUUGGAUUUUUGGCGCGAAGUGGAUCUGAAUUAUGUCAAAAAAUACCUGUACAAAAAUGUAGGAAUGAUGAAAUGGAUGUUAGCGAGGCUCUGAAAAAGGUUAGUGUUUUUGAGGGUUUUGAGAAUAUUUUUGAGUAACAUUUGAAAAACUUGCAGUUCAACCUUGGCGACAAAUGGAAUAGUAGUUUGGAAUGGAUAAACCGUGUUGCAUGUCCAGAAGAAGAUUUAUCUUGUUCGGAAGAAUGGCUCGUUCGACUUCCGAGUCAAGUUGAGCGACUUCGGAGAAUGCUUCAGCUUUUGUUUCUCACGACCGAGGUGAGUCUUCUAAAAAUAUUUAUUUGUUAUUUCUGACUUUUUUUCCAGAAUGAAUUCGACAUAGAUUCAAUUGAUGUGGAUGUUAUCCCAUUUUUAUUCAACAUAUACAAAGAAUUUGAUGAAACUCAAAACGAUAUUUCGAAUUUGACUUUGAAAAUUCUUGCAAAUGUUGUUGGCUCAAAUGAGAAAUAUUCGAAAAAGAUGCUGAAUUCCGAAUGGCUUCCAUUAAUUUCGAAUAUGGUUUUGAACGGGAGAAAUUUGAUGGAAAGACUGCUUGCUCACAAGGUAAUUGAUAUCUUGUUUUCGAUUGUUCAAAUUUUUAUUUACUCCAGAUUUGUCAAAAUGCUUUGAGUUCGCUGAACUCAAUUGAUUAUCGACUGCGCUCUGAUAUUUAUGAAGUACAUAUCCCGGAAGCUGAACCAGAGCUGGAUAUUGUUUUGAUUCAUGGAUUACGUGGAAGUGUUGCCUAUACUUGGAGGCAAAAAGAUUCCGAUGAGAAUAUUCUAACGACUUGUUGGCCCAAAGAUUGGCUACCAUAUGAUAUCAAACGACCGUUUAGAAUUUUUGGAUUAGAUUAUCCUAGUUAUAUUAUUCAAUUUACUGGAGCACAACCUUCCUUGCAGGUACCCUUUUAAAUCAAAUAAACUUUAAUUUUAAAAUUAUUAAGUCACGCGCCAAUCGUUUUCAAAGUCAAUUAACUGAUGCUGGAAUUGGAAAACGCCCCGUUCUUUUCAUUUGUCAUUCAAUGGGUGGACUUUUAGCAAAACAACUUUUGUUGGACUCACCUGAACUCGCUAAAAAUACGGUAAAUAUGAAAGAUUGAGAAAAUAUGAAAAACAAAUUGAUUUUUUGUAGAUUGGUGUGUUGUUUAUUGCAACUCCGCACAAAGGAAGUCCGGUGGCAAGUUGGGGAUAUUCCAUUUUCAAUCCAACAAACGAUGUCAUUUUUCUGAAUGAAAAUAAUUUGAUGAAUAAAAAAGUGAGUUAAAAUGAGCAAGAGCUGCUUGAAAUCCUAUUUUUUCUGAAAUUAGGGUUUCUUAAAAAAUAUAGGAACACUAUGAAAAAUUCAACAAUGAACAUUUUUGAAAUAUGGAUUUGAAAAUCUGAAAAUGUCAAAAAUCAAUAUUUAAAAAAUAACAGAACGUGGCUUUUAGAAAUUCAUAUUUUUCAGCUCAACGAUGACUUCACUGCAAUCAGUCGACAAAUUCCAAUUAUUGUCAGUAUGGUUGAAACAGUCGAAUCAAAUCUUAUCGGAACUGCAAAAGGAAUUGUUGUCCCAAACAAAUCAGCUGUUUUUGAACAAGGCGCAGUCUAUCAUAUUGAAGAUAUGCAUCUGAAUAUUUGUAAACCAGCAAGAGAAUCUGCUUCGUAUGGUGUCAUUAUCAACUUUUUACUCGACUGCUUUAGAGAAAUUGGGAGACGUUGA